GUUCAGAUGGUUAUUGACAACGUGGUUCGACGUCGUCGUGUACCACAGGUCGGGGACGUACGUCAUCUCGCUGAAAAUCAGGCAGAAUCACGAAUUUGAGUGCUUCAGUCGAGUCAACGGCAAGUGUGUGAAAAGUCGCCGCGGUCUUAACGCGCAUGUUACAUAUUAUCCAUGGCCUACCUCCCCGCAGUAUUUGCACUGAUUCUAGACUGAAUGGUUCUACUGGGAAUUUUGAUAGAAAACAUGCAGACGUUGUCAAGGCCAUGUAGACCGCCUGUCGAAGGAAAACGACUGUGAAUUCGCUGACUUCCCAGGGGGUGCAUGCGAAGUGUUUCUAGCGGGGGUGCAAACGGCUCAGUGGCUACCGGUCUAAAUUGUUCUUCUUUCCAAUUUUCUUGACUUACAUUACACAACGCGUUGACCUCAUGUUGAAUUCUCCGCUCCACUGCUUUCUUCGUGGAACGCGUUCCACGUGUCAUUUCGUGUAAUCAGCGAUUCCCUCUCCCGAGGCGGUCCUCCCGGGCCCCUAUUUUUUUUUGAAAGCCCGGUUUUCAAUUUUGCAGUCUCUCCUCGGUCUCCAAGAGAGGCCGACCCUCUCAGGUGGAGCCUCCGCCCACAGGGGCGUUCCAGUCCACAAAUUUCUCUGAAAUCGGCGCUCUUCUCGAGCUACCAAUGAGACGGUUACCAUCAUGUCUUGUUCUCGGAGAGAUUAAUCUCCUUUCUACGACGUCCGGGUUCUCCGGCCCCGGAGCUCUGCCGCUCACUCGCGGAGUGUUGUGCACUCCGCCUAUCCAUAGACGAAGGGCACCCGAUUACUCCUAUCACUUCUAUCGAGCAUGCUACAGAGAAACGGGAGGACAGAGACCCGGGCGGGUACUCCCAGUGGGAUGGGUGACCGGAGCUGAGGCUACUCGGAUCGUUGGACGGAACUCCGAGUCAGAGACGGAGGCACUGACAAGAAGGAAGCCUGCCUUUCCUAGAGCGCGGUCCUUGCCACAGCCAGGCAUAUGGGAAGCUGAUUCUCCACUUGACACGCGCGGAAUCGACUCUAAGGACUCGAUAGGGUUUGUCGCUCCGCCGUUUCUUUUAUUUUUUACCUGUUCACCGGGUUCACUCGCUCACGCUCCUCAAAGCGCGAUGUGCCUACAAAGCAUUCCUAGCUCCACUCAGCUGCCUGCACUGUGUAGUCCUUACCAAGCCCUCUGCGGGCCAAGGGUGGCCACUCCAGCUGAUAGAGACAGUGUGAAUGUAUUUCGGUUUCCAAAGAAAGGGGAUAUACGGGGUCGUCUCACUUGUUGCUCAAAUCAGACGAGGUCAGUUCUGUACAGAGAAUUGUCUGGGUUGGCCAGUAAAUCGGCGUCCCCUGGGAGCGCACUUGGUUCUUUCGGAAAUCCCAUCACCCACAGUCUGGGUGGAUUUGCUGCUCAAGGAAGUAGACGUGGUUUCGCGCAUCGGUCCUGGCAAACAAACAAACGACUCCGGUCCUAUAAAGCAAAGAGAAGGAAGCGGUACAUUCGACGAGGCGAAACGCUUCUUCGGGUCAGCUAGACUUCUGGUCCAAUUUCGCUUUUCGGUCAAGGUUGUGUCAUCGUACCGUGAGGGGAACCUUGACGAGGUGUUUGUCUGCAGUUUUUCUUUGCACACACUUUUUUGUCAAUGCUCGUCGUCUGAAAAGGAGACGCAACAGAACUACGGCGGGGCUUGCGCGGGUCAGGUCGCCGUUGGUAAUGGGAGAAUUUUGGUUGGGUUACCCGUGUCGAGUUUUUUGCCACUGCCGGUUGCAAUAUGGUGAAUCAGGUUAUGAACAAAUCAACAAUUUUUAAACUAUGCUAUUACGAAGAGUUUGCUGAAGCUGUAUCCAACCUAUCAGAUGUAGAGAACUUCCGCCAACUCGCGCCGCAAUCCUUUAAUGUUCCUUGAGGUGGUA